UUUGGUCUCCAAUAGCUUCUGUAGGAUGGUAUAUUGUAGGACUUUUGGCUAUCACCUAUUAUGUAUACCCACAUAUCCAAAGAAAGUAUAAAAAUUGGAAAUUGGUCAGGAAUCAACAAGAUGACACUGUUCAUUGCAAAAAAACAGAUCAAUUAUCACGAACAUCAGCUGAUGUAGAGUUAGUACGACAGAAGCUACAAGAAACAUACAACCUAAUUUGUGCUGUAGCGAAGCUCGAAGAAGAAGUGGAAAAGGAAAAGAAAAGGCAGAAGGUCAUAAAAAUGCUGGAAGAUAAAGAAGUGGGUAGAAGACUAGGCAGUGCAUCAGAUAAUGAAGCACCAAGUACAAGCUCAAAUUCAAAGCCAUUUAAAUCAAGUUACAAUCCCUUAAUGGGCGAUGGCAUCCGCAGAUAUCGUCCUCCGAAACGUAGCUGCUGCGGAAAGGGUGGUUGUGGUUAAUCGCUGUUAUUGCAAGAUCUCGUGAAAACUACGCGCUUUUGUGAC